CCAUGGAAAGGGGUGGGGUUAGUUUUUCAGACUUUGGAAAAAUGUUCGAAAGUUGAAGUAAUGAGGUGGACGUAGCGUGGGUUUUGCGGAGAUUAACUUUAAUUAAACCAAAUGGAAACCUGCAUCCGAGAAGGAAGACAUCCACUACAUGACACCCUGUCUGCGCCAGUGUGAAUGGUCGCGAUCAGGAGAAACUUUUGGGACACACGGGACUCGGCAGUGCUCGCAGGCAUAUUUUUGUUGCACGGGAAUGAGACUCAUCUAUUUUUUGCUAAACACCUGGUUUUUAAAAACCACUGAAGAAUACGACGGCCUGAUAGAUCUGAUGAUGCGGGCGGAUUGAGCAUUUACAGCCCGGCGUCUGUUUGCUUUGCUGCAGUUUCCGUGUGGAAUUCUUUUGAGCCGAUUUCUACAGUUAUCAUCUGCGUUGAGUUUGUUGUAAUUAACAGCACGGUUACUGCCAGUGUUAGUAGCCUAAAUCACAGAGAUGACGUCUCCGGCGAAAUUCAGAAAGGACAAGGAGAUCAUAGCGGAAUAUGAAACUCAAGUCAAAGAGAUCCGGACGCAGCUGGGGGAGCAGCUCCGGUGUCUGGACCAGCAGAGCGAGCUGCGCGUGCAGCUGCUGCAGGACCUGCAGGACUUCUUCCGCAAGAAGGGCGAGAUCGAGAUGGACUACUCCCGCAACCUGGAGAAGCUCGCCGAGAGGUUCCUGGCCAAGACCCGCAGCGCCAAGGACCACCUGUUCAAGAAGGAGCAGGCGAUCCUCUCCCCGCUGAACUGCUGGAAUCUGCUGCUAUCUCAGGUGAAGGGGGAGAGCCGGGACCACGCCACGCUCAGUGACCUCUACCUCAACAACAUCAUCCCCCGCUUCGCUCAGGUCAGCGAGGACUCGGGCCGGCUCUUCAAGAAGAGUAAAGAAGUGGGUCUGCAGCUGCAGGAGGAUAUGCUGAAGGUCCUCAACGAGCUCCACGCGGUGAUGAAGACCUACCACAUCUACAACACGGACAGCGUGAACGCGGAGAGCAAGCUGAAGGACGCGGAGAAGCAGGAGGAGAAGCAGAUGGGCCGCUCGGCCCGGCCAGAGGACAGGCAGGCUCCCCGCUCGCCCGACUCUCUCACCAGCGUCAAGAUGGAGGAGAAGCACGUCCGCCGCAGCUCUGUCAAGAAGAUCGAGAAGAUGAAGGAGAAGCGACAGGCCAAAUACACUGAAAACAAGCUGAAAGCCGUCAAAGCCAGGAACGAGUACCUGCUGGCUUUGGAGGCCACUAACUGCUGCGUGUUCAAGUACUACAUCCACGACCUGUCCGACCUCAUAGACUGCUGUGACCUGGGGUACCACGCCAGCCUGAACCGGGCUCUGCGGACCUACCUCUCGGCCGAGUUCAGCGUGGAGACGUCCCGGCACCGCGGGCUGGAGGCCAUCGAGAGCGCAGCGGAGAACCUGGAGGCCAACAGGGACAAGCAACGGCUGAUGGAGGCCUACAACAGCGUGUUCUGCCCCCCCGCCCGCUUCGACUUCCAGUCCCACAUGGGGGACACGUGGGGGCACGUGUGUGCUCAGCCCCCCCUGCAGGGGGAGCUACUCCAGCGCUGCCAACAGCUACAGUCCCGCCUGUCCACUCUCACCAUAGAAAAUGAAGAGGUGAAGAAGACCAUGGAGGCCACUCUGCAGACCAUCCAGGACAUGGUGACUGUCGAGGACUUUGACGUGUCCGACUGCUUCCACCACAGCAACUCCAUGGAGUCGGUCCGGUCCUCCAUGUCGGAGUCCUUCAUGAACAAACCCAGCCUGGCCAAGAGGAGGGCCAAUCAGCAGGAGACGGAGCAGUUCUACUUCACGAAACUGAAGGAGUUCCUGGAGGGCAGGACCCUGAUCACCAAGCUGGAGGCCAAACAUGACCUGAUCCAGAAAUCUCUGGGAGAGAGUCAGAAGACUGAUUAUUGCCUUGCCAGCGGGAGGAGGAGCUCAACCCUGCGCAAACAGGACUCCAGCCAAGUCAUCCCGCUCAUGGUGGAGAGCUCCAUCCGCUUUAUCAGCCGACACGGUCUGCAGCACGAGGGAAUCUUCAGAGUGUCUGGUUCUCAGGUCGAGGUGAACGAUAUUAAGAAUGCCUUUGAGAGGGGUGAAGAUCCCCUGGCAGGAGACCAGAAUGAUCAUGACAUGGACUCCAUCGCCAGUGUCCUGAAACUCUAUUUCCGGGGACUGGAGAACGCUCUCUUCCCCAAGGAAGUCUUCCAUGACCUCAUUUCCUGUGUCUUGAUAGAGAACCUUCCGGAGAGAGCAGUCCACAUUCACAAGGUCCUGAAGUCUUUGCCUAGUAACACCCUCGUCAUCAUGAGAUACCUCUUUGCUUUCCUCAACCACCUGUCCCAGUACAGCGAGGAGAACAUGAUGGACCCGUAUAACCUGGCCAUCUGCUUCGGGCCCACCCUCAUGUCUGUGCCCGAGGGGCACGACCAGGUAUCCUGCCAGGCCCACGUCAACGAGCUCAUCAAGACCAUCAUCAUCCACCACGACGCCAUCUUCCCCGCCCCGCCCCAGCUGGAGGGGCCCGUGUACGAGCACUGCAGGGCCACCGAAGAGUUCUGUGACAGUCCCCACGGCGAGCCCCCCCUUGUGGAUGAGCCAGUGCCGGACGCCGUCUCAGAGCUGCAGAACAGCGACGACGGGUGCUUGGUCAUUUCAGAGUCGGAGCCCUUGCAGGCCGUCGCCCGUUUCGACUAUUCCGGGCGCACCAGCCGGGAGCUCUCCUUCCACAAGGGGGCGUCGCUGCUCCUGUUCCACCGCGCCUCUGAGGACUGGUGGGAGGGGCGUCACAACGGGGUGGACGGGCUGGUGCCCCACCAGUACAUUGUGGUUCAGGACACGGAUGAUGGGACAUCUGGCAGGGGGAGCCCCAAAGCUGAAAUAGAGGGGCCACCUGAGCCUGCUCCACCUGAGGAUAAAGUGUCCACUAGGGGCAGCGUGAGCUCUCCCACUGGAGGACACGUGGCAGACGUUUACCUGGCCAACCUGAACAGGGUGAGGAGUCGUCCCGAAUCCGGCGGCACGCGGAGAACGUUCCGGGCUGGGGAGGGACUGGCGGAGGGCAGCGGGGGGGCGGCGGCAGGGGCCCGGGCCUCCUCCCUGCCGGUGGGGGGGCUGCCCAAAGACGGGUCCGAUAAAAGGCCCCUCAGCGCCCACAGCGUCCUCAACUCCGUCACCCGCCACUCCUCCCUGAAGGCCAAGCUGGACAGCCCGCAGUUCCGCAAGGCAGCCACCGCGGGGCGCUCCAGGAGCUUCAGCAACCACCGGCCCCUCGACCCGGAGGUCAUCGCCCAGGUGGAGGACAGCUCACAGGACGUGGAGGCCACCAUGAGCAGUGCGUUGAGGGAGCUGCGGGAGCUGGAGAGGCAGAGCAGCGCCACGCACGCGCCGGACGUGGUGCUGGACACGCUGGAGCAGCUGAAGGGGGGGGGCAGCCCCCGGGAGCCCAGCUCAGAGCCCUCCAGCCCGCUGCACGCCCGCGAUGCCCACGACACCCACGACGCCCCCCCCCAGCCCCCCCUACAGCGCAGCUCCAGCUCCAUCAGCGACGAGCCCAGCACCUUCCGCCUGGGCAAGAGCGUCGCCAAGGCAACCGCGCCAGGCCCCUCCCCUUCCCCCUCCACCGCCUCUUCCUCCUCCUCUUCCUCAUCCUCCAAAGAGCCCCGCCCGCCCGCCACCCGCCCCAAACCGGUGGUGUUCCCCAAAACCAGCUCGAGCGGCAGCCCCACCCUGGGGUCACCCACCUCCACCGUCCCCCCCACACCCCCACCCCCGCCCCCGCCCACUGAUAAGUCCUGCCCCGUCUGAGCAGUACCCCCCUGCCCCCCCCCGCAGGAGCGGCGGGUCUGCCAGCGCUCCCCUGCUCUCUCAGCCACGCAUGCAGACGUGCUGGAGGAGGCCGCCAAGCACCUUUCUGACAGAGCAGCUGUGGCUCUUAGUCCUGAUCAUGUGAAGUGUGUGUGUGUGUGUGUGUGUUUGUGUGUUUGUGUGUGUGUGCUGUG